AUGGUGGAUACAGACUAUAAGAAAGCUCAGAAAUUUGAAGGGGGAUUGGACCUGGAUGUAUUUAAUCGAGUAGGCGUCCUGAAGUUGCCUACAUAUGUAGAAGUACUUAACCGAGCAUUGAUAGAAGAGGCCACAUUAGCAGCAAAGAAACAAUCCAAAGCACCAAUAACUAAAUGGAGAGGGAAAAGAUCUGGAUUCAGUUUCAAGAAGGGUCGUUCAUUUACUACGAGUAAGAAGCAAAAUACGGGGUCUACUAGCAGUUCAAGUCAAAGCAUCCAGUCUGCGCCUAUCUGUGCUCAAUGUAGAAGGAGACAUAGAGGGGUUUGCCAUCGGAUAUCUGGUGCUUGCUUCCAGUGUGGCAAGAUGUGCCACAUAAUAAGAGUUUGUUCAAUUGGGUUAGAAAAUGUCAACUGUCCUGUAGCAAGUUCAGCCGGAUUUGUUUUUGCAUCGAGGCCUAAUAUAAGAACGAAUGCCAGGGGUAAUACCGGGAAUGAAACAUUGAGACAAUGGAGAGUAUUCAUACUAGUGCCUGGGGAUGUGCAGAACACCGAGUCCGUGGUGUCAGAUAUAAUUCAAUGUUCUAUGAUACGUGCUUAUGUUUUUCCGACAUGUGAUAUUAUGAUUGGUGAUGUGACAUUGUAUGUUGAUUUAUUGCCUUUAGAAAUUGAUCAUUUUAACAGCAUAUUGGAUAUAGAUUGGAAUGGGGUAAUUCCUCCACCGUAUUUGAUUUCUUUUGUGAAAGCCAAAAAGUUGUUGAGAAAAGGGUGCCAGGGUUACUUAUGUUACGUUUUCACUCUGACUUCUGAUGGUUCUACUGUUGAGAACAUCUCUGUAGUAAAUAAAUUUCCUGAUGUAUUUCCAAAUGAGUUACCCAAAGACUUAAUUGAUAGGGAAAUCAAGUUUACUAUUGAUGUUGUACCCAAGACACAACCGAUUUCUAAAACCCUAUAUAGAAUGUCGACUUAUGAACUGAAAGAAUUGAAACUCAACUUUAGGAACUGUUAG